UUUUAAGUCAGUGCAACUUCCCUAAAGUGUUGAUUAAUGAUAAAAUUGUCGAAUAUAAUGAAGGUAACAUGCAGAAGUUAUAAUAAACAUUUGGAGCUUGUCCCAAAUAAUAAUAGGAGUUUAUACUAAUUCUAUAUAUUCAAAUAUAUACUAGGGUUCUUGACCAAAAGUACUAAAAUGAGCCAAAAUUAUCUCACUUACCCCAGCAACAAAUUUAUAUUCUCAUUGACCCAAUUUAAAAGUAAAUGAUUAUUAAGCCAUCAACACAAAUCCCUAGAAAUUUGGUAAACAGACAAAAACCCUAUAUACUAAUUAGCAAACAGUGUCAUAAAACAAUAAAACAUGCUUUCUCACUGUAUUGCCAAAUGAAAAUCAUCUCGAUGACGCUUUGUUUGCACACAGAACUAGUCAAAGAUUUUUGUUUGAACAAAAUCCAUACAAAAAUUAAACACGUGUGUGUUAAGACCAAGUUAAUUACCCUCUAUUAAUUACUCACCAAAUUAACUAUAGAGUUCCAAUUGACUACAGAGUCCAAUCAAGAUGAAAUAACCAACAAACUUCCUAAUUACAAUCCUACGUUUACUCUCAAGUCCACCAAAACUAAUCACCCGUUAAAAUUAUCUCCUAGAACCAAACUCACCACCCCAUUACGCAUCCAAAUCAAUCAUAAUGUGGUAUCUCAGUAGAACACCUUCAAACCGCAAACCAAAUGAUGACUCCAACUUCAGUUUGCGCAAUUCCAUCUUCACCGUCUCCGAUUCCGGUUUUUUCCAAGACAUUUGCAUGAUUGAGGUGCCAAACAAAUCCGUGGUCGAUCACGAAAAACACAACAAAGAAGAAGAGACGUGCCCAUUUUCAUUCUCAUUCCCAAAAUGGGAAUGGUUUGCCUAUCUCUGCUCUCCCACCCAAUUCCAUUCCGUGGCGGUGCCUCGAAACUCUUCCAUGUUUAGAGUACAUGUGAUUGGGAUUCUGCCUCAACAUUUCUUGUGUGCCAAGUUGGUGCGAGGUCCGAAACCUUAUGUCACUCUGUGCACUUACUCAUGCAGUGAGAAUUCUCUCAAUGAUGUGCCCAAAAUGAACUGUGCGGAUCGCAAUCUGUUCGGAGCUGCAUGUGCUAUUCUUGAUGGGUGGCUUUAUGUUGCUGGAGGGUAUAAGGAUAACUCUUUAGAUACUUUUCCUUCAUCUCACUUGAACUCGGCAGAACGAUUGAAUCUGAAAACAUGGCAGUGGGAAGCACUGCAGAACAUGCCAAACCCGCGAGCAUUUGCAUCUGGCAUUGCUCACGGAGGCAGGUUCUUUGUGGUUGGUGGUGGUAGCAAUGCAGCCCUGAAGCACUCAGCUGAAAUCUACAACCCCAGCAACAACUCUUGGGGGUCUUUGAAAUCAUUUGUUCCCCAAGAGGCAGACGGAUUCACUGCUACAUCACUCAAUGGGCGUUUAAUGAUAUUGACUUGGUCAGAUCGGUUAGGCGUGAAGCUGUGGCUGUAUACUGUGAUCACCCGUCCAAUUUUAAUAUAUAACUGCAGGCGAAUUGGUUUCUUGCCUAACCAAAUAGUUGAGAGGCCAAGACUAAAAGCACAUGGCGCAAGGAUGGUUCCGGUUGGGGGGAAGGAGGUGUGGGUUUUGGUGGGAGAGAAUGAGAGGAUAUUCCAAGUUGAUGGGUCAAGUGCUUGGCCUGUGUUCCCAGCCCCAAUGUAUAAGCCUAGUGAAGGACAUGAAGUUGUGAGCAAGGGUCAUAUCUAUGCCUUUUCUUUCCAAGGGGUUAGAAUAAGUUGGAGACAAAUCCCUGUUUACUCAGUUUGAAU